GGCGGGGCCGAGCGGAGCGUGCGCAGUGCGGAGCGUGUCACCGUGGGAGAGGUUGCAGGAUAACUUAUUCCACCAGGCCUCUGCCUCAGUGCCAGUUUUGCUUAAGGAGGAGGAGCUACUUGAGCUGCAGCAGAUUUGACUGGUGAAAACACCACUGCCCAGACAGGACCAGCUCUACCCACCCCGAGUUCUGCUGGUGGCAAUGUCUCCCUGGGCCGGUCUCCUCUCCACCGCUGCCAAAGCCAACCUGCUGGUGCUGCUGGUUUCUGUGCUCUUCUCCUGGUCAAGCCUAAGCGACAGAGUUCCCGAGUUUGCCCUUACAAAAAUAGAAGAGAGCGACAUAAAAGAUGACAGUGGGAAUGAGCCGGUGACAGAGGAUGACGCUGAUCCUGAAGACCUGGAAGUGUUUUACCCCACACAUCAGUGGCAAACCCUCCGUCCAGGUCAGGCUGUUCCUGCAGGGUCACACGUGAGGCUGAACCUGCAGACGGGAGAGAGAGAAGCCAAGCUCCCAGACAGUGAAAAUGGGAGAAGUGACACGAGAGAAGAGAGAAGAAGGAAAAGACUGGGCAAGGUGGAUGUCGAUGCAAAUUCGUUCACGUCCCAGGAGCUCAAAAAGGCCUUGGUGAAAAUGAAGGAAAGUGAGAAGGCAGAAAGGAAGGCUCAAGAGGAAGAGGUGAGGAAGAAGUUCCGGCCCAUAGAGCAGCUGAAGGAGGAGUUUGAAAAGCUGAACAUGAAGAUGGAAACAGAUUAUGAAAUUAUGGUUAAAUUAAUCAGCAAAUUCAACAGUUCUGCCUCCACGCUGGAUGAAAAAGUAGCAGCGCUUUAUGAUCUCGAAUAUUAUGUUCACCAGGUGGACAAUGCCAAGGAUUUCCUGUCGCUGGGAGGGCUCCGGCUGGUGAUUGACGGGCUGAACAGCAGCGAGGCGGCGCUGAAGGAACACGCUGCCUUCGUCCUGGGAGCCGCCCUGUCCAGCAACCCCAAAGUCCAGGUCGAAGCCAUUGAGGGGGGUGCACUGCAGAAGCUCCUGGUUAUUCUGGCCACAGAACAACCCCUGGCUGUCAAGAAGAAGGCUCUCUUCGCCCUGUCCUCCAUGCUGAGACACUUCCCCUAUGCCCAGCAGCAGUUCCUCAAGCUGGGCGGCCUCCAGGUGCUCAGGAGCCUCUUCCGGCAGAAGGGGAUGGAGACCCUCCACGUCCGUGUGGUGACGCUGCUCUACGACCUCAUCAUGGAGAAGAUGCUGCUUGAGGGCUCACAGCAGGGAGAGCAGAUGGCAGAGAAGAUCGAGCAGUACCGGCAGGUGAGGCUGGUGCCGGCGGUGCUGGAGCAGGACUGGUGCGCGGUGGCUCCCAACCUGCUGGCCAUGCCUGAGCACGACACUCGGGAGAAGGUCCUCAAGCUGGUGGGUGUGCUGAUGGCCUUCUGCAGGGAGCACUACCGGGGGGACCCCGCCCUGGGCACCACCCUGGGCCUCCUGCGCAGCGAGUACGAGGAGCUGGCAGCCAAGGAGCAGCGGGAAGGGGACAAGGACGGCUACUUCAGGGAGCUCCUGGGCUCCAUAAACACCAUCAUCCAGGAGUUAAGGUGAAAGAAACUGUAGGUUCAGUUCAAUUCCAGAUAAUUCAGGGCGACGGCGUGAGUUUGGAUGGCACCGGUGUAAACGCACUUGGGAAUAAACUGUUGGACAACAAGA